CAAGUCUGAGAACCUCAGAGCCCUCUGCAGUUGGCUCUGGUGCCUUGGGGGAGACUCCUGGGGAGGUAGAGACCAGGAAGGUAGGAGACGGGACCGCUACAGGGAGAGGGCAGGCCGGCCCUUGAGGGGGCCGAUGUGGCCCCACGGCUGAGUCCUCUGGGGGCUUGGCCUCGGCGGCCUCAGCCCCCCAAGGAGCCGGCCCUACACCCCAUGGGGUUGCCGCUGCCCAAGGACAAGGGGUUCAUUCUCUGCCUGUGGAGAAAAUGGUGUAGAUGGUUCCAGAGACGGGAGUCAUGGGCUCAGAGCCGAGAUGAGCAGAACCUGCAGCAGCAGAAGAGGAUCUGGGAGUCUCCUCUCCUUCUAGCUGCCAAGGAGAACAACGUCCAGGCUCUCAACAAGCUGCUCAAGUAUGAGGCCGGUGAGGCGCACCAGAGAGGAGCCAUGGGGGAGACGGCGCUGCACAUAGCGGCCCUCUAUGACAACCUGGAGGCCGCCAUGGUGCUGAUGGAGGCUGCGCCGGAGCUGGUCCUCGAGCCCAUGACGUCGGAGCUGUACGAGGGUCAGACUGCACUGCACAUAGCCAUCGUGAACCAGAACGUGAACUUGGUGAGAGCGCUGCUUGCCCACGGGGCCAGCGUCUCUGCCAGAGCUACAGGCACAGCUUUCCGCCGCAGCCCCCGAAACCUCAUCUACUUCGAUCUUUAUAGGAUGUUCCAGCACCUGAUGCAGAAGCGGAAGCACAUCCAGUGGACCUGGGGGCCGCUGACCUCCACGCUCUACGACCUCACCGAGAUCGACUCCUCAGGGGACGAGCAGUCUCUCCUGGAACUUAUCGUUACCACCAAGAAGCGGGAGGCUCGCCAGAUCCUGGACCAGACACCGGUGAAAGAGCUGGUGAGCCUCAAGUGGAAGCGAUACGGGCGGCCGUACUUCUGCGUGCUGGGCACCAUAUACCUGCUGUACAUCAUCUGUUUCACCAUGUGCUGCGUCUACCGCCCCCUCAAGCCCAGGACCAAUAACCACACUGGUCCCCGGGACAACACCCUCCGACAGCAGAAGCUACUUCAGGAGGCCUAUAUGAGUCCCCAGGAUAACCUCCGCCUGGUGGGGGAGCUGGUGACUGUCAUCGGAGCUGUGAUCAUUCUGCUUGCAGAGAUUCCAGACAUCUUCAGGGUGGGGGUCACUCGCUUCUUUGGACAGACCAUCCUCGGGGGGCCAUUCCACGUUCUCAUCAUCACCUAUGCCUGCAUGGUGCUGGUGACCAUGGUGAUGCGGCUCACGAACGCCAACGGGGAGGUGGUGCCCAUGUCCUUCGCCCUGGUGCUGGGCUGGUGCAAUGUCAUGUACUUCGCCCGAGGAUUCCAGAUGCUGGGCCCUUUCACCAUCAUGAUCCAGAAGAUGAUUUUUGGUGACCUGAUGCGAUUCUGCUGGCUGAUGGCGGUGGUCAUCCUGGGCUUUGCCUCAGCCUUCUACAUCAUCUUCCAGACAGAGGACCCAAACGAGCUGGGCCAUUUCUACGACUACCCCAUGGCACUGUUCAGCACCUUCGAGCUGUUCCUCACCGUCAUCGACGGGCCUGCCAACUAUGAUGUGGAUUUGCCCUUCAUGUACAGCAUCACCUACGCAGCCUUUGCCAUUAUCGCCACGCUGCUCAUGCUCAACCUCCUCAUCGCCAUGAUGGGCGACACUCACUGGCGGGUGGCCCACGAGCGGGAUGAGCUCUGGAGGGCGCAGGUGGUGGCCACCACGGUGAUGCUGGAGCGGAAGCUGCCUCGCUUCCUGUGGCCUCGCUCGGGGAUCUGCGGGCGCGAGUACGGGCUGGGGGACCGCUGGUUCCUGCGGGUGGAGGACAGACAGGACCUCAACCGGCAGCGAAUGCAGCGCUAUGCACAGGCCUUCCACAGCCAGGGCUCCGAGGACUUGGACAAGGCCUCGGAAAAACUGCCGCUGGACCACCCCUUCGGCCCCCACCUGUGCCUGUCCACCCCCUCAGUGUCCCGAAGUACCUCCCGCAGCAGCGCCAACUGGGAGAGGCUUCGGCAGGGCACCCUGAGGAGGGAGCUGAGGGGGCUGGUCAACAGGGCUCUGGAAGACGGGGAAGGCUGGGAGUACCAGAUCUGAGCCCACUCUGCCGUCUGGUCCCCGCAGCUGCUCUCCUUUUCCUGGGGGCAUCGAAACACAAAACCCAAACACCCGGAGGUCUAAGCUCCCAGGGGCGAGGGCGAAAGCAGAAGGCUCGCCCUCCGAGGAACGCAAGCUGGGAAUCGCUGCGCCAGGCCUCCACUACCCGUUCAGCUCUGGGGCGAACAGAAAGCAAGGAGAGAGGAGGCCGUCGCCUCACCCAGAGCACAGGGCUGGUGCCAGCGAGGACCAGGCUGCAUGGCUCUCUGGCCUUACUGAAGUACUCUGCACUGUCAGAGCAAAGCACUUUAAGGACAGGCUUGCCGCCUCCUCCCCAGCGUCAUGGCGGGAAGGGGACAGUCCUUCCCAGGGUGCUCCAGACAGCUGGGUGUGGGGGGGGCACGUGGAAAGCACAAGUGAGGGGUACAGGAACCGCUUUGGGGGUGGGGUAAUGCUGGUUGAGCCUUGCCACCUUCUACCUUCCAAUAAAG